CGAUUUCGUGAAUCCAAAAUUUUGAGUCUUUUUAGGUUUCUUUUUUAUUUCUAUGUUUUCGCUUCGUCUCUCCAUUGUUCUUCUUCUUCUUUUGUAAUAAAAAAUGGCGAUUAGAUCCUCUGGGAGGAAACUGUCGUUUGAGAUUCUCAGCCGAAGCAGCUCCUUUGAGAAUGAUGAUACACUUCUUCAAUCAUCAAUUCGCCGAUCUAGCUCAGAUCCGAUUACGCGAAACGACGCUGUUGAAUCACCUAAACGAAAGAGAUCGAAGAGAAAGAAGAAGAAGAACAACAACAAAGUCGAGACUAUUUUAGAGGAUGGCGAGUCUCAUUCAACGAUCGUGGAGGGUUCAAGUUGUGAUUUUGGAGAGACUAGUACGAUGUUUGAGAACAGAUUGAAUUACUAUGGGGGUGGUAGUGGUGGUGGCUGCGUUGUGACGCUAUUGGAUGGGCAAACUGUACAUCAUAAUGGGUUCAAUUUUGGUGAGUUGAGGCAGAGGAAUGUUAAUGGGAGUAUUGAUAGUAGUAACGACGAGCGAUGGAGUGAUACUGUGAGUUCUGAUAAGAAGUUGUAUAUGGACGAGACUAGUGCGGAGCUAAGCACUUCUGAGAAUCCACCGUUUCAAGAAGUGCAGCAUCAGUUUCCAAGAAGUGAGAUCAAUGGGGAUGCGGUGAGGAGGUUAGAUACUGAAGCUUCUUUGGAUUGGAAACAGCUUGUGGCGGAUGAUCCUGAUUUUCUUUCUGCUGAGACGAGGUCACCUAUGGCAUACUUUAUGGAGGAAAUUUAUGGUGGGAUCUCAUUGCGGAGCACAACCACUCCUGGGAAUGAUAUCGAACGCGAAAGGAUAUAUGAUACAAUCUUCCGCUUGCCAUGGCGAUGUGAAGUGCUUAUAAAUACUGGCUUUUUUGUCUGCGUCAACUCAUUUCUGUCAUUGAUGACAGUCAUGCCAAUAAGAGUCCUGCUGAUAUUCUGGGAUACUUUUAAGAAAAGGCAGUUCAGGAGGCCCUCCUCGUCAGAGCUGUCUGAUCUUGCUUGUUUUCUAGUUUUGGCUUCUGGUACCAUUCUUCUCGGGAGAACAGAUAUCAGCCUUAUUUACCACAUGAUUCGUGGUCAAAGUACUAUUAAACUAUAUGUGGUUUAUAAUAUCUUAGAGAUAUUUGAUAGACUUUGUCAAAGUUUCUGUGGAGAUGUAUUUGGGGCACUAUUCAGUUCUGCAAAAGGAGUGGCGAUUUCCCCUCCUGAAAAAUUGAGAUUUUCGACUUGGAGAUUUGUUUCUGACCUAGCAUUAACUAUGGCUGCCUCAAUUCUCCAUUCAUUCAUUUUAUUAGCUCAGGCAAUUACGUUGUCAACAUGUAUUGUUGCUCACAACAAUGCCUUGUUGGCUCUCCUGGUGUCAAAUAACUUUGCUGAGAUCAAAAGCAGUGUCUUUAAGCGUUUCAGCAAGGACAACAUUCAUGGUCUAGUAUAUGCGGAUUCAAUAGAGAGAUUCCACAUAGCGGCCUUCUUGGUGUCUGUUUUGGCUCAAAAUAUUCUCGAAUCUGAAGGUCCAUGGUUUGGAAACUUUAUCUCCAAUGCUACGACGGUCUUCUUCUGUGAGAUGAUGAUAGACAUCAUCAAGCAUUCGUUUCUUGCCAAGUUCAAUGACAUCAAACCUAUAGCGUACUCCGAGUUUCUUCAAGCUCUCUGCGAGCAGACUUUGAACAUUCGCCCGGAAGAUAGAAAGACAAAUCUCACAUUCGUUCCCCUUGCACCUGCUUGUGUGGUGAUCCGGGUACUGACUCCAGUAUACGCAGCACACUUGCCGUACAGUCCUCUCCCAUGGAGAAUGCUGUGGAUGAUCAUCUUAUUUAUCAUAACAUAUAUAAUGCUGACAAGCCUCAAAGUUCUCAUUGGCAUGGGACUAAGGAAACAUGCAACUUGGUACAUUAAUAGAUGCCGACGAAGAAACUCCUCCCAUCUACACAAUGAUUAAUACUUGAUAGAGAAAAAAAAAACACAACUUGGAGUGAAGAAGAAACAUUUCGUCAGCAGAUGAAGUUUGAAGGAACAAAAGAAAGAUGGAGCAACCGUGGGAUCCAAUUUACAACCUUGUUUUGAGAUCAUCUCUGUGAUCUCAUCUCAUCAUACACAUGGUAAAUAUUUUCAGAUGAAGCGAUUUUGUUGUGGUUUAGGCAUAUAUAUGUACAAAAGAAAGAGACCUCAUUAUUGAUCAUUUGAUCACAAAAUAGCCAAAAUACUCUUUUUGUACUCUUCUUUUUGUUUUUUUUUUGUUCACAAGAUAGUUAAAAAAAAGUCA